AGUAGCAAUGGCGGUGUAUUUGUGAAGUAUAAAUAUAGAGCUACAAUCAUUAUUAUUUAUUACAAAAACACGUCUGUGAAUAUAUAUAAUAUUACGGGAACAAAUUAAAUAUUAUUAGCUACGUGGCGUUUGGUCUUUUUUUUUGUAUUGCUUUUCAUUGAGUUCCGAUCAAUUAUCGCUAACCAUGUCUAUAGGGUAGGAUACCUUCUUGUGUAAAAGUGAAAUUUGUUUCGGAACUACAUAUAUUGAAUAUUUCUGAAAAUGGCUCCGACAAAAUUCGGUAUAUUCAAGACUCGAAGUCGAGAUCAAACCGAACAACCCUCGACUGAAAAUCUCCUUCAGACGAGCCCCAGCAAUGAUACUGUUAACACACCGGACUCACCCGUGCCGUCAACAAGCAAAGGAAUCGUGUCAAGCGAUGAUUUUUUUUCACCGGAAUUACUUUCCGUUCUAAAUAUAGACGACGACGAUGACGAUUUUAUCUGUGACGAAGAGACGAGACGGGCAAGUCUUAGCAGCAAAAUAGAAGAACAACGGAUACUCUACGAAAAUUUUCAAAACCAAUCGACGGGAACAUCAACGAUGACACUCGAAGACGAAGAACAAUCGUACGAUAAAGCGGAGACGACUUUACCAUUGGAUGAUGACGCGUCUACUUCCUAUGACGCAAAUUCUUUGCAAUUCGACGAAUCAUCGAUAACCGCCAGUAACGAUGUGUCCAUGUAUUGCGCCAUGAUGAAGAAGCCGAAGAAGAGUAAAUCGAAGGAUCAACAGCUGACUGAUCUGGACAUGUGGCAAGCUAGCAAUGUUGAAGUUUUGGAGAACCUUCUGAAUCGGAGCGGCAGUCUAGACGAACAGAUCAAAUGGGAGGCAAUCGCCACAGCCCGUGGGCUCUGCACACUUACCGACAGUUGCACAUGCACUGAUUGCACGGGAGUCACUUACCUGGCCGGUGUCACGGAUGGGGAUGGAGGUAUAGGUGUGGCGCCACUUUUCAGCGCUAUCAAUGUCGGGUGCCAAGUACAGUAAAUAGGAUAAUUUGAAUGCCUUAUCUGAAAGACUAACCUUGAGAAAAUGGUGACUUACGCUCACUGGUACGUGAUUAAAGUCUCGCUUCUCUUCAUACAAUUAAUGAAGCGAGAAAUUUGAAGAUGAAUUAAUAUUUCUCCACUUAUGUCAAUGUCUCUUGAACUGAAUCUAAAUUUAAUGGGAAGUUAAUUCUAUCUGAUUAUGAUUUUGAUGAUAUGGUUUUAAUGUUAAUUAUUAAGUGCAUUUAAUUGGUAACUUAAUACUUUACCUGUAUUGGUAAGUCAUUGCUUAACGUUGGUAUGCGAUAUGAUUGAUCACAUUUCUACCUAACGAUGAUAAAAAUUAUGAUAUUAAUUUGUUUCGUUAAUUAAGCUUCCAGGAUAAUUUAUUUUACUUUUAUAUACUAUUUAAUUUUACUUAAUAACCAAUAGAGUAAAAUUAAAUGUCUAUGGCUUUUAUUGUAUAGAAAUAAUCAAGCUCCAAAAGGCCACAAAUCACUGUUAGGUAUAUCGACAUUUUCAAAUCGGGGCUUUCCUUUAAACUCUUCUGUUGUUCUUUUUUCAAAUGUUAUCAAUAUUAGAUUUAUAUCUAGUGGUGGGGAAUAACCGUAAUUAGACGUUAAGACACGAAAUGUCUAUUUUUGGCACACUUUUUAUCUAUAUCUUAAUUAGACUUUAUAAUAAGUAAUGUUAAAAAUUUAAAUGGAUAUGUUUUAUGUACAUCGUAUUGUGUAAAAUAUAAUUUUCAUUCUGAAAUAAUUUAUAGAGUAAACUAAAACUAUAUUUGUAGCAAUUUUUCGAUACAUAUUAAUACAAUGGCCUAAUUUAAGAUAUAAUCAAUAUAUAAAAUAUGUUUGCGGUAUGAUCAUAGACUAUAGACAGGAACUACCCUAGGAAGGGAAGGAGAUAGGUUGUGGUCUACACUUGCAUUGUCUCUUUCUAAUUCUUAGUCCGUUCUCUAUGUAACGAUUCUGGUGUACACAAUCUGUAAGACUAAAUUCAUUUGAUAAUUUAAAAAAAAAACUUUUUAACUUUAACAUUAGAAAAAGUUCUUUAUUUCAUUUAUAUAAAUUUAUUUUAGUUUAAUCAUUGUACAAAACGGAACGUACAUUAUUAAAUUAUAUUUUGUUUGUCUAUCUUUAUGCCCCAUACACACGGGUAACCAAACGCGAUGCGAAAUCGUAUAUUAUGCUAUGGUCACACGUGCGACAACCCAUUUGUGAAUUUUCUUUAACUGUACAUGCAGGGGGCCAAUUCUACUAACAAAUUGUCACUUUAUCGCAAUCGAAUCGAAGCGUGAUCGUUGCCGUUUAUCCAUUUUCCUAUUCUUUAAUUUAAUUAUCGAUUAU